AUGGCUGAAUCAUCUGUUAGAACUGAAGAUAUCGAGGGCAUGCAAGUAGAAUUAGGGGAGGACCUUUCUAUGAAUGAAGAAAAGAAAGUAGAGUCAGAAGCAUCUUCGGAUGAAAACUCCGCUAGCGUCUCGUCCACAGAAUCUGACAAUUCUGACACUUAUGACAUGGAUACUUCCGAGGCAAAAAAGGAUCCUGAAUUGCUCCUAAUCAAAGCUACGAGACUAAAGGAAGAAGGUAAUACUUAUUUCAAAGCUCAAGACUACGAAAAAGCCUUGAGGUCCUAUCGCCGCGGAACAAGUACACUCAAACCACUGAACAAAGCCAACACGGGAGAUCCUCAGGUUAAAUCACUUCUUGUUUCGUUACAAUCAAACCUUAGCAUGAUGUAUUUCAAAUUGAAUAAGUACAAGGAGAGUGCCGUGGUUGCUUCGAGUGUCCUAAAGAUUGAAAAUAAUAAUGUCAAGGCCUUUUACAGACGAGCCGUAGCCAAUCGGAAACUUGGUGAAUACAAAAAGGCUCGAGAUGACUUGCGCGAAGCACUGAAAUAUGAUUCCAAGAAUAGUGCUGUCCGUAAAGAACUUGCAUCCAUCAAGCAUUCAAUAGCAAAAGAAAAUGGAAAGGCAAGGCAGAGUAUGCAGAAGGCUUUUUCUAAUGGCGGUCUACUUUAUGACGACAAGGAGGAGGAGAAGCGACUGAAAAAGGAAGCAGAGAUAGAAUCCAAGAGAAAAGCUGAGGAAUUGAAAGCGAAGAGACGAAAGGACUGGGAGGACGAAUGUGUCCGUCGAAUGGCACGUGGGGAAUCAGCUUGUAGUUUCGACGAGUAUGAGCAAGAAUCGAAGAAACAGGAGGAAGAAAAAGAGGAGGAAGAGAGGAAAAGGAUGGAAGCUGAGAAGGAAAGACGGAGGAAGCUACGCGAACUGACAAAGGCUGAUGACAGUGACUCUGAUGAAGAGCUCACAGACAAGGAACUUCAGGCUCUGCGGGGAUACAAGACACUGCGGGACGGUUCCGUUACUUCAUAUUUUACCCGUGAGCAAACAAAAGAAGAGAAGAUGCUGGCGGCCCAGCGCAAUGCCCCGAAGAAACUUGAUUCGGGCUCACAGCAAUCGGACAUUGUAAGCUCAGGCUCCAAAUGGAAUACGGCCCAGACGUGGGAAGAACGGGACUGUGGUAUUUGGUGUAGAGAUCGUCUCACCCAAAGACUCAAGCAAACAAAAGUUGAAUCAGCGGCUCUUUGUGGUUUUAUCACGGAAGCGACUGAUAUGACUGGGGAUGCUUCUGUUGCACUGGUCAGUGGAAAGAAACGCUACAUUUUUGACUUCCACUGCAAUGUGGACUACGAAAUCCGCGACAGUGGUAGUGAGGAAGUAGUCGCGAGUGGAUCGAUGAAGUUGCCUGAUAUCUGUAGUACUCAUCAUGAAGAACUGGAGGUAAUAAUUGAUGGAUGGAAAAAUGGCCCCAAAGACAACAUCAAUGCAGCCGCAGAGUGCAGAGACAGUUUGGUGUCUGAAAUCCGGGAGAGCGUGACGCUUUGGGUGAAAGAUUUUAAUGAAGCCUACUAG